GGCUCGAAAGAGUAUUGGAUGUCGUACUGCUUGACGUUGAAACUUUUGGCAAGUCGUCAACAUUUCAGAGAGCACUUUAAAUGUUUUGGUUUGAGAGCUAAUGCAGCAUUUCCCACCGAUGAACAAGAGCAGUUCAGGCAGAAAGCAAGCACGUUUCCCUCAGCAUCAGUCAGAGGCUGCACUCAGUUGCUGAUCCAGUCGCUUACAGAGACAUAGGAGACUGGGAAAACUGAAUUGAACUCACAACCUCAUGCUUGCCAGGCAGGAGCUGCGCCACUGAGCUACCAGCCCGGCAAGAAACUUCUUAAAGUUUUCUUUGCAUCACUAAAUGCCUGGCCAACUGGUGUGAACUUAAUGAAGCCGUGAAGACAAAACACUCUGGCUGCACAGAGCCCACAAGUGCUCAGCAGGAAAAUUACUCACUGAAAGGAGACUGAACUUUAUGAAAAAACAAAAAAUCAAAAGGUGACGUGGAGAUCCUGAGCUUACGUGAACUCCGACUAACUAGUGCACGCAUCCUUCAGGCCUUUGCCUUGAGGAGUCCCAGGAUGUUCAACUCCACCUCGCAGCCUCCAGACCCACCCUGCUCACAGAACCACCUCAUCACUCAGCGGAUCAUCCCCACGCUGUACUGCGUGAUCUUCAUCACCGGGCUCCUACUCAGUGGAAUGUCAGGAUGGAUCUUCUUUCACGUGCCCAGCUCAAAGAGCUUCAUUGUCUAUCUCAAGAACAUAGUUGUUGCUGACUUUCUAAUGGGCCUGACUUUUCCUUUCAAGAUCCUUGAUGACUCGGGCCUUGGUCCCUGGCAGCUGCACGUGUUUGUAUGCAGGGUCUCUGCCGUGGUCUUCUAUGUCAAUAUGUAUGUUAGCAUUGUGUUCUUCGGACUCAUCAGCUUUGACAGAUACUACAAAAUUGUAAAGCCCCUUUCUACUUCUUUCAUCCAAUCAGUGAACUACAGCAAGCUGCUGUCGGUGGUGGUGUGGACGCUCCUGUUCUUGCUCGCUGUCCCCAACAUCAUCCUGACCAACCAGAGUGUCAGGGACACUACAAAAAUACAGUGUAUAAAACUGAAAAAUGAACUGGGGAAGAAAUGGCACAAAGCAUCAAGUUAUAUCUUCGUGGGUAUUUUCUGGGUUGUGUUUCUUUUACUAAUCAUUUUCUACACAGCAAUCACAAGGAAAAUCUUUAAGUCCCACCUUAAGUCCAGAAGGAACUCCACUUCCGUCAAAAGGAAAUCUAGCCGCAAUAUAUUUAGCAUCAUGUUUGUAUUUUUUGUGUGUUUUGUACCCUACCACACUGCCAGAGUCCCCUACACAAAGAGUCAAACUGAAGCUCAUUUCACCUGCCAGUCAAAACAACUCUUGCUCUACGUGAAAGAAUUCACUCUGCUACUAUCUGCUGCAAAUGUAUGCCUGGACCCUAUUAUUUAUUUCUUUCUAUGCCAGCCAUUUAGAGAAAUUUUAUGUAAGAAACUGCAUAUCUCACUAAAAAACCACGACAUGGAUACUUCCAAAACCCGAAGAGCAAACACAAUUCACGAAAGCACAGGUACUCUGUGACUUCCCACGCACCACCAAGUAAAGUUCAAGCACUGUGACAUUCAACAUCUUCAACUGCAUGAAAAGUAAAUGAACAAAUAAGACACACAACCAUGGAUAGGUGCAUAUCUACCAUUAUCACCCAAUACUGGCAUUGAAUUUAAAAUACUUAGCACAAUAAAACGCCAAUGCAAGUUUCCAUGCUUUUUUGGAGCAUCAAGUAAAAAAAAAAUCCCAUUAGAUUUUUCCAGUGCUGCACUUCCAUUUCUUUUUAAUAAGAAAAGUAUAAUGCAUAUAACUGCUCAAUCACACUGCAAGAAGCAGGUUUAAAUUUAUGUUUGUUCAUCUAAGUAGAAAUUAAUAAGUAAACACGAAGAAAUCAAAGACAAUUUACAUAGGUUUCUUCUUCCUCUUAAGACAAGAGUAAAAUUAGUAAGAUGUAAACUUUUUCAACAGAAUCCUUAAAGACCAACUUAAAGGAACCACUAUUUGAUAAAGGGCUUUUGUAUUAAAAAAAUCAAAUUUUCUCUUAUUUGAAGCAGGAUAAGCAGAUGCCC